CGGCGAACUCGUGACGGACGGACACGUGUGUGGAUAUUUCGUCGCGGACGCCACGGGAACACUUCCCUCACCCUCUUCCGGGUCUCUUCCGGGCUGUGUUUUUUUAUUCUUGUGGUCGGGAGUUCCUGAACAGCGUUGUGACACCUAUUGGUAGGGGUUCAGGAGGAGGAGGAGGUCAUUUGGAGUGGACACGGGCGCGGUGGUGAAUCGGUUCCGCGGGGGACGGCUAUUACGGGCUAAUUCCACGUGCAACGUGGAAGGGUGGUACGGGAGCUUCUCCGGAGCGGAGAGUGCGCGGGGUAGCGGACCACAACACUUCCGGAAUAUCAGUGAUGGUGGGGUGAAAAACUACGUGCUGGUUGGCCAUUUCCGGGCCCCGCGGGUGUGCUAAUGAUCCGUGGCGGGGUUUUAAACUAGUGUCGUGUCCCGCAGAGAGAGAGAGAGUGCUGAAACGAGCAGUGUGUGUUGAUAAUUGUACGGUGCAUCGCAGGUCAUGGCAGCACUGCUGCGCUAGCUAGAAGUGUUGGCAACUCCUGCUGUUUGGUAGCGGGACGAACAAGCAGUCUGCUGUAAACGUAAACCAAGCAAUGAUUUAUUAAUUGCAUACUCCCGUUGACGUGGUGUGGAAGGAAAAUAAAUCACGUCAUGUUGUGCUAGGGAGGUGGUGCUGUGAGUUGGGAUUACAACAAACUCCGUGGAGGAAUAUCUCUCUCCCCCGUUAGGAUACCGUUCUUUGUGGUGGUGCUCGCCAGGUGAAGAAACGUUCUGCGGUUCAACAGUGUUGAUUAAGCCUGGUGAAAAACAACCACCCAACCAAUAUCCCCUGGCCAGUGAGUAAUCGGUGUCACCAGGAAGACAAGUGAGUCAAGGCAGCAGCCCCAAGCACCAGAGAGAGAGAGCUGAGAAAAGUAAAAAGUGGAAAUUUUUCAACGAGGAAAGGAAGAAGAAGUGCUCACGAAGAAUGGAACGGUUGAAAAAAUCUACAUAAGCUGUGCAGGAUAAAAAAGUGAGGUUUCCACGUUGCAGUUCUUGUGUGUGUGUGCAGUGUUGACAGCGUCUCCCAUUUGAAUUAUGAAAUUUGCUCGUUACUCCCCGGGAGUGGACACCUGCAGGCAAACAGGUCAUCAGGGUGGGGUCCCUGCAGUCAGGUUCACCACCUGGGCUGGCGCACGUGAGUGAAAUUAAUUACAAAAGUGUCAUUAUCUGCACACAAAAGGAAAAAAACGCCGAAAUUUGUGAAAAUCUCAAAAACUACAUCAAAGUGUGCAAAACAAACGAAUUAAAAAAAAAACAGUGAACGCACGAAUCGUGACACGGCAAUGCAUCAACGAUUGCAACGCCGACGGCGACGAGUUUGUCACGACCAGUGACAACUGCAAGAGAGCAACCAGAGUGUAAGUGAGAGAGAGAGUGGGAGCUUGGUGUGCCGGGAGAGGCACGCCGCGCGACCGUCGCACACUUCAACUAUGAACACGAAGCUGAGACUAAUUGCAUCGUUGAUUAACUUCUUCGUCAUCGCAGUGGCAGACACCCUCAGCCCAGACCUGCAGAUGUACUGGGAAAACAGUAUGGUGCAGCCGUACUUUGACAACACAACCAAGCGGGAGAUGACGGCCAUCGCCGGCCAGACGUGCCAGCUCCACUGCCGGGUCAAAAGUCUCGGGGACCGGGCGGUAUCGUGGAUCCGGAAACGGGACCUGCACAUCCUCACCGUUGGCAUACUGACGUACACCAACGACCAGCGCUUCCAGUCGCUCCACACCGACGGCAGCGACGAGUGGACGUUACGGAUAACGUCCCCCCAGGCACGGGACUCGGGCGUCUACGAGUGCCAAGUAUCGACUGAGCCGAAAAGUAGUCAAGCGUUCCGGCUGAACGUGGUCGUCUCGAAGGCGAAGAUCCUCGGCAACACGGAACUGUUCGUGAAGAGUGGCAGUGACAUUAAUUUGACCUGCGUCGCCCUGCAGUCCCCGCAGCCGCCGUCCUUCAUCUACUGGUACAAGGGCGGCCGGGUGAUCAAUUAUUCACAGCGGGGCGGCAUCAGCGUGCUGACCGAGCAACAAACCCGGACGAGCCGGCUGGUCAUCGCACGUGCUUCGCCUUCCGACUCCGGCAACUACACCUGCGCGCCCAGCAAUUCCGACUCCGCCAGCGUGAUGGUCCACGUGAUCAAGGGCGAACAUCCGGCGGCGAUGCAGCACGGCAUCAACAGUGCCAGCAUCGUACACAAAUCAGAACACAUCAUUCGUGCGCUGGUGGUCUCGCUGGUUUGCUUCCAGCUGCUGCUGGUCAGCGUGCUUCCCAAUAGAUAAGGCCAAACAUAGAGGAAAACAAAUCACAAAGCCGCAUCAGUUGACUGUUUUUAUUUUCCUCAUCGCCCUUCAACUCCCACUCCUACAUCACCCGACACCAACAACAGCAACAGAAUCCUUCUCCACCAGCAUCAGCAGCAACAUCAACAGCGUAGAACUACGAAAAGGCAGGACACCAAAGAGCACUUCCACCGGCAGCAACCCGUUCCAUCAGCAGUAGUUGAUACUUGCCGCGUCAUACGAGCAUCGUCAUCGUCGUCGUCGGAACACCAACCCCAGAGAGGAGAAGGACCACGUGGACGAGCGACGGCAAACACACGGGGGACGACAACACGACAUGCACACAACAACGUACUUUAUGAUGAUAAAACUCCGAGAUAAUAACCUUGAGCUCCAUCCAUCGGACGACACCGGUGCUAGCCGGCACGCCAUGAACGAGCUUCAGGACCUAACACACACGUGUGACCCCAGGACGUCGCAAUCGACCGGUGGAAUCCCCUUAAGUGUGUGCGUUCCUCGCUUAUUUCCCCCGUCCCAGCACUAAACUGUACUCAACCCGCUGAAAACGCAUGAACAUUAACGUACCUCAACAUAAGUCAACCAACCCCUCCCACACACACAUUUCCUCGCCCCCCCGCUGACAUAUGGAAAUUGCCGGCGGAAAACCGGUAACAUAACUGAAAGAGAUGACGAAAACGACGAGCGACGAGAGUGAAUGGUAUUUCAUAAUGAUGGAUGGUGCGCAGCCAGAGCAUAUUUUCCAGCAUGGGAAAGCAGAAUGAAAAUAAGAAAGACGAGAAAUAUGUUGUGGGUAUGUGUGUGUUGAGUUGAGAGAAAUGUAAGGUUGUAGGUUAAGAGUCACAGUUUAGGGUCACUGAAUGGGUCUUCCAAUUUUGAGCAGUUUCCAGUCGAGGCAGGAAAAUUUAAACUGGGCCUUAGAUUCAACACAAAGUUCGAUCUGUUGUGUGAUUCACAAUAAGUAUCAUUUUUCAAAAGAUAACACAUCAAGAAUAUUUCUAUUUUCACAGGUACGGUUUUCAGAUCUCUGAACCAGUGUUGCAAAUGUGUGAUAGAAAUACUAUCAUUUGAUAAUUCCUGCACCAAAAUAUCAGAGAGUAUAGCGACCGUCACUAAAGCAUGCGAGAUCUCAAACCACUCGCUCCCACUGCAGAGUCUUUUGUUCUCUCAGAAAACCGCAAUGAAAGAACGUAUUACGCCCCACUAUACUGCGCUGGCGAAAUUGGUUUGUGCAGGCUUUUGUGGUUAAACACUGUUGCGGAGGGAUGAUUGUAAAUGCAAGAAUGAGAGUGAAAAGGGAAAUGUCAAACGUGUCAGUGUGAACACAAAAACGUGGUCGGUUAUCUUCGGCGCUUCGAGGAUUAGGACGGAAAGAAGAGCAAUGAUUUUUUGGGGCAUCAUCAGUAUAAGGCUCUCUAAGCCCAGUGAAAAACAUAUAAUUUAAUAAAAAAAUGACGAACUUCUCGUCACAGUGUCCUGAUGCAAACAAUGAUCGAGCUCGUGCUAUCACAGCCCUGCGAAAUAUGUUGGCUGACAUAUCGGGCGGUCGGUCAAAAAACCCAGCUAGAAGUCGCCUGACAAAAAACUUUUGCUAGAAAGAGAUAACGAAUCUGACGUAAAUAAACUCCCAGCUGCCAAGUAAAAAUACUUUGAAAAAAACAUAAUUAAACCCAAAAAUGACGAACUUCUCGUCACAGUUCCCUGAUGCAAACAAUGAUCGAGCUCGAGCUGUCACAGCCUGUCAAAAAACAUUUUCGAGAAAGAGAUAGAAAAUCUGAUGCAAACAAACGUCCAGUUGCCAUGGAAACAUACUUUGAAUGUAUUAGUAAAUUUCUGACUAGAAAGCCUUACUCUGAAAAAUUGAGCGUCUUUCAAUCAAUGCAUUGCAUUUUUCGACGAUCUCAUAGCAUAUCAAGGCUCAAUUAGAAAUAUUUUGAACGGGCAUUUUGUGGUCUUUUUAGACAAGUCGUUAGUAACCAAAUGUACAAGUUUUCACAAAGCAAAAAGUGUGUUUUAAAACUUUCAGAAAAUUUAAGUAAAUUAUGAAAAUAUGGCAAGCGAAUUCCAAUGGGCAACAUAUAACAAAAAAAUACAUUAUUUUACAAUUAUAAAUAAACAAUGCACUGCUUCAAGCCAAUUUCGAAUGCAAUACUUCUGAUAACCCUACUCCACCUGACCUAAGGUAACACUUUUAAAUCUAGAGGAGGUCACAACCGGUGAAACAUCAAUUUGGGGAUAUUUCCCAGUGCGCUGAUGGUAGAAAACGACAACAUUAUACUCCAACCCCACACAAACGCCCUCACAUCCCAAUGUUCCACCCGUACGUCGCUGCAAAGAGCUCGAGCUCCACGUGGGCUAAAUCCCCUUGCGGGAAAAGCUCAGCGGUAGGUUUGAUAAUAAAGACAAUACCACGUGUGUGUAUGUGAAUGCCCCCGAACCACCGGACGAGCUACGGUUAUUGAACGUUAAUGUAAAUCCUGCUACGUAAGCAAAAGUAACAUUUUAAAAGGGCGCAUUUUGAAUUUUUCAUUUUAAAUGUUUAACUUUUUCUAAAAAAGGUUGAUAUUGUUUUUCAGAUAAAAAAAAUGUAUUGCUUAAAAACAAACUCCCCUUUUGAAAACAUACCUUUCCCGCCUCCAGUGUUGCCAGCAAUCCCGGCCCGUGGAUCAGUGCGGCCGCUUGAUGGAUUAACUUUACGAGUCCUGGGGGAAAUCAUUCAACCUGGCGUAUGUGGGGCGCGCGCACAGUACACAUUCCCGGCGCCCAAGAUAACAUUCGUCGAUUGUUGCGCAUGCAUGACAAAUGUGUUCGGUGCCUGGUGCCGAUUUCCCGCUGGGGGAAAGGUGGGUUGCCUGGUGACAGCUCCGGUAGACACCUUCGGCCCGGGUUGAUUAAUGGCCGACCCGUUACCCGUAUGAUUGAGGGAAAAGUUGGAUUCAAUUUCGUCGCAAUUUUUCUUGAUUUUAUUCAAUUUGACGGUUCUGGCUGAACGGUGUCAGGUCUAGUAAAAGUUUGCAAAAUAAUAUAAAAAGCUCUUUGGAAACAUUCCGAAAUACUUACAAAAAUACAAUAUGAAAACAUUUUUUUUAUAUAUAUCGGCAUGGCCUUAUAUGGUCAUAAUUUUCAAUUUCAUGAGGUUUAAUAUGCAACAUGACGGGUUCCUAGCAAGACCAUUAUUGAAACCGUUUUGAUGGUACCCUAGAACCGGUUCCGGAUUGGCCGGAACAGAUCCCAAACAGUCAGGGGUAGUAUUUAAUGUAUGUUGUAAUGAUUGCAGUACACAGAAAAAAAAAAUGAUGGUAAUAUUCAUCAGGAAAUGGUGACAGAUUUUGUGGCGAAAAAAAUGUGUAAUAUUACAUCAGGAAUUGAUGAAUAUUCAUCAGUUUUUGGUGAAUAUUCAUCAGGUUCACAAUUUAACACAUUUUUUUAUGUAAUAUUACACAAAAAAUAAGGAAUAUUCAACCUACCAAAUUUUCAACCUUCCAAAAUUCAACUUUUUUUUUGCUGUGUAGGCUUGGUCGAAUGGUUAAGCUGUCAGCUUAGUAAGCGGUAGAUCAUGGGUUCGAUUCCCAUCUGCUCCAACCUUCCAUCGGAUGGGGAAGUAAAACGUUGAUCCCGGCCUUGGUUGUUGUUAGGCCGUUAAGUCAUUCCAAGUGUAGGAGUCAUCUUCACGCUAUAAGUACAAACAACACACCAAACCAAGCCUGCUCAGGUGGAAUCGCUGGUUCCUUGGAGUAAAAAGAGGGUUGGGUGCUCUCCCCAUUCAAUCAACCCGCUAGGUCUUAUCGUUUCGGAGAUACAGGUCAUCAAGUCGGGGCCUUUUUCGGCUGUAGAAGGUUCCCGGUAGCCACAGUGUCAUAAACCGGUUCUGCCAGUCGGAAUCGCAUAGUAGACAUCUUAACAUUUCAUUUGCGGACAAGACAUCCAAAAUCGGACAUUUUUUGUGGGGAUGUCCAUUUUAGGCUCAAAUACAGGCCUGCAAAAAGUUUCCAGCCCAGCGUACACAUGAAGCAAACCAAAAUGUCAGUUCACUGCUAGCAUGUGACUGCAAGCCUACUGUGUCUAUUCAAACACUGCCGCCUGACUUGUGCCGGUCGGCUGCUGGAGAAUGAGAGACGUGAAAAAUGAGCUACACUCACUCAAUUCGUGUCAUAUGACUGACUCGUAAAAUCCUCUUGAAACACUAUUUUGACUAUUU